AUCAUUUAAUCAACAAUUAAAUUAAAUUAAAAUGAUCUCUCUAACUAAAAUAUAAAAUUAUACUAUUCUCAGUGAGUUCUUUCUUCAAGGGAUUGCUUACUUUAUAGAUGACAAAAAUAAAUGAAAAUACAGGAUGAACGUUGGUGGAGACGUACAAGGUUCCUUGAAGGAAGCCUUGUACGAUACCCUGAAUGGAAUUUUAUCUCCACACCAAGAAACGCGUCAAGCUGCUGAGCAGCGAAUUCAAGCGUUGGAAGUGACAGACGAAUUUGGCGUUCAUUUAACGGAGUUUGUAAUCGACCCAAACAGUCUGCUGCCGAUUCGUCAAUUGGCUUCAGUCCUUUUGAAGCAGUAUGUGGAGACUCACUGGUGUUCCUUGGCUGAAAAGUUCCGACCGCCUGAAAUAAAGCAAGCUACCAAGGAAAAGAUCAAAGAGUUAUUGCCCGUCGGGCUCAGAGAGUCUAUAAGCAAGGUGCGAACUGCAGUGGCCUAUGCAAUAUCUGCAAUAGCUCACUGGGACUGGCCUGAGAAUUGGCCAGGACUGUUUGAUAUUCUUGUUAGUUGUUUAAGUAGAGAAAACGAGUUUGCUGUUCAUGGUGCAAUGAGAGUAUUGACCGAGUUCACAAGAGACCUCACGGACACUCACCUUCCGAACGUUGGUCCUAUUAUUCUCCAGGAAAUGUAUCGAAUCAUUCAAAGUGAAACUGAGUACUCAAUACGUAUUCGAGGAAGAGCGAUAGAGAUUUUUACGACAGUAACAAACUUGGUUGCAGAGACAAGUACUUACAAGAAGGGAUUUACGCAGCAGUACUUUGAACCUGUAAUUCCCAUGUUUUGCGAGAAAUUUGUUCAGUGUCUGCGACAGUCGAAUGGACCGACUAUCGACUGUGGCCUAAAAACUGACAUAAUAAAAGCCAUCAAUUGCUUAAUUUCAAAGUUGCCCAAAUUUGUCAUCAACUUUCUGCCAGAAAUGCUGCCUCCUGUUUGGGAAACCUUGACUCAAAGUGCAAAGAUUUAUCAAGACGAGGUGGUUAACGGAGAUGGAGAUGUCAACGACAAAGAAGUCGAUUCUGAUGGCGAAAUAAUAAACUUUAACAAUCUGAUAAUCGCAACCUUCGACUUUAUUGGAUCACUAGUCGAAAACAAAAAGUUAUCAAAUCUUCUGGAGAAUUUCCAACAGGAGAUUAUGUACUACCUGAUAAUAUUCAUGCAAGUAACCGACGAGCAAAUUGAGCAGUGGAACAACAAUCCGAUUCAAUUCAUUGAAGAAGACGAGCAAACUGCUUUUGCUUACAACGUUCGAAUAUCUGCCCAAGAGCAUCUAGUUACACUAGCAACGCACUCGGCUGUCGACGCACUUUGCGAUGUUAUAAUGAGGCACGUGGAGGAGUCCAACAGGCAAAAGGCUGUAACAAACAGCAGUGAGCACUGGUGGAAGAUUCAAGAGGCCUCAAUAAUCGCUCUCAGUUUGACCAAAGACAUUGUUGUCGAACAGCUGCAAGCAGGUGUUUUGCGCUUCGACAUUGUCAGAUUUCUGGUCGAUGUAGUUCUCGCAACUCUAAAUGACUCUGGAGCUCAUCCUCUACUUUUGGGACGCUGUCUCUGUCUCGGAGGGAGAUUCGCCAAAGAAAUGCCGAUAGAAAUUAAUUCGCAAUUUCUGCAAGCGACGGUCAAUGGUUUACAGGAGAAUCAGCCGAUUUGCAUACGUAUUAGCGCAGUCAAGGGAAUUUACUGGAUUUGCGAAGCUUCUGCGGAAAACGAUGCCAUUAAGGCUCUUGUUUGUUCUCAUUUGCCAACAAUAUUUCAGGGUCUGUUCAACUUGGCUAGUCAUCCGCCGACCGAAAUUCUCAUACUCGUCAUGGAAACGCUAUCGUCUUUAAUUUCGCUGGACAAUAAUUUCACGGCAUCAGUAGAAAGUAAAAUAUGUCCAUUGACAAUCGCAGCGUUUUUAAAGUUCCACAGCGAUCCAUUAAUUUUAUCUAUAUGCCAAGACAUAUUUAAGGCUCUCUCUCAAAAUCCAGAUUGUAUUGAACUUUUGCACACUCGCUUGGUGCCAACCCUUGUCAGCAUGAUGACAGUUACGCAUGUGGAUAAAUCAAAGGACGACGAAGGUUCCAGGGGAUUGGCUUUAGAAGUGUUACAAGUUUUGGUACAAUACUCUCCCCAGCCGUUGAGUAAUGCCUUAAUUGAGAAUGCCUUCUUUGCCGCAUGCCACUGCAUUUUAAAUUCCGAAGAAAAUGCAACAUUACAAAAUGGCAGCGAAGUAAUACGUACAUAUCUCUCGGUUGCGGCUCAUCAGAUUAUUGACCGCAGGGACAGUGAGGGUUGCACUGGUCUCGAAUAUAUAUUAAAAAUCUCUGCACAACUUCUCAACCCUCGGUCGAGUGAGUUCAGUGCCGCCUUUGUGGGUCGGUUGGUGACAACUCUGAUCAGAAAAGCUGGAAACACUUUGGGCGAAAAUUUGGAUCUCUUGUUGAAAGCCGUUCUCAGCAAAAUGCAGCGGACCGAAACCUUGACUGUGAUGCAAAAUCUGCUGAUGGUAUAUGCCCACUUGGUCAAUUCAGCGUUUGAUGCUGUCUUGAACUUUUUGUCGACAGUUCCGGGUCCAACGGGACAGAGUGCUCUCGCUUUUGUAUUGUCUGAGUGGGUCAGCAGACAACACCUAUUUUUUGGCAAUUAUGAUCGAAAGGUGGCGAGUGUUGCUCUGUGCAAGUUGCUCGAGUAUGGUGUCACUCACGACGACUUGCGAUUGAAUGAGAUUACCGUCAAUGGGGAGGAAAUAUAUCCAGAACACGAGGAGGGUAUGAGGACAAGGACAAGAAGCCAACUGCCCGCACCUCACUGGACGACUAUUCCUGUGCUCGUCAAAAUUUUUAAGUUGCUCAUAAAUGAACUGGCCAAUGACAUUGAAGCUGUUUCCGCUGCCAAUCAAAGUAUCGAAGAAUCUGAUGAGGAAUGUGACUCGGAUGGUCAGGACACAAUACUAGAUCCAGGAAACGAGGCAAAUAUGCUGAGACUGGACGGUUUUGAGGAGGAAGAACAGGAUGAAGAUCCUGACAUAAUGCAAGAUUCUAUCUAUCACUUGAACCUUGCGCAAUAUUUGAGCGACUUUCUUCAAAAAUUUUCCACUCAUCAUUGCUUCCCAGCUUUCGUGCAACACUUGAAUGUAAUGGAGCGAAAAGUAUUAACGAAUAUCAACGUAAAUACAGUAUUUCUAUAGGUCGAUCAAAUCGGCAAAUAAGCAGUUUAAAUCGUUCAUCUAUACAUAUGUUAUUAAUUUUGUAACUUGUAAUUUGAUAAGUGCCUUAUAUAAAUGUUGAAAUACCUGCAUAAAUA